CGCUACCGGAAACGGUAGAAAAGAAGAAGAUGACCUCAUCACGCUGUAACAAGGAUAGUUGUACAACAGUUACGUGGUUAUGUAGUGAAACGUGCGGCAUUUUGUAUGUGUGUUGUCUUUUUUAAAGUAAGAUUAAUUAUUCACGGAGCAGUGGGCCUCUGAAGUGAAUUUAUAGGCCUAUAGCUUGUUCUAGCUGGAAGAAAUGAGCUCGAUCCGACAGGAAGGUAAAGACAAAAUCAUAUUUGUCACCAAAGAGGAUCAUGAAAUGCCGAGCAGUGCCGAGUUUGUAGAGGAAGACCCCAAUGAUCCGUAUGAGGAGCAAGGUCUGAUUCUCCCCAGUGGAGAGAUAAACUGGAACUGUCCCUGCCUGGGUGGGAUGGCCAGCGGUCCCUGUGGGACUGAAUUCAAGGAAGCCUUCUCCUGCUUCCACUACAGUAAGGAGGAGGUGAAAGGUUCUGACUGCCUGGAGCAGUUCAGGACCAUGCAGGAGUGCUUGCAGCGCUACCCAGAGCUUUACCCAAAAGAAGAUGAUGCACCAUCCAUCCAGACGUCUGAGGAAUCCGCGUCUGCAGAGCCAUCAGGCACAAACACAGCAGCUGGCUUCGAGAAGGACUCUGAUCCCACACGGCCAAACUCGGAGAGCUCAGCAGAGAGCUAAUAAUGAGCCUUACUGUAGAGCUUCGGAGCUCUUCUCUCACAUUUCACAUUCAGUCAUCAUGUUUUGGAUCUGAAAAAAAUGAUAUUUUUCCCAAUAAUGUUCAUCAGAAUUAAAAGAAGUAAUUUACAAAAGCUCUUCGGAAAAUAAAAUAGCUUGUUUUGCUGUUGGAGGAAAACAAACUGUCUCUAUAUCAUUCAAGUAAAUACUGCAGCUGUUUGAUUGGCUGCCCAAAAGCAAAUUCCUACUUGAGUAUAAAUAAAGGAGAACAGUUGCUUUUAUCAACUCAACAAUAAUUUCUUUAGGCAGGUAGAUUCUCUGCAGAACAGAACUCAGUUGGUGUGAUUUUUGGAGCAGGAGCGUUGUCCAUUCUGUUGUAGAUUACCAGAACUCCUUAAACUCCAUGUUGGUUCCUUAGUAGGUUCCUCAUGUCAAAAAUGGGCUAAACAAAGAAGAUAAUUACAUCGAGCUUUUAACUUUAGUCUGUGAUCUUAUAAGGACCAAGCUUAAAUAACCAAGUGCACAUUGUGUAUUGUUCUGUUUGACUUCAGAGAAUGUGAAAUGACAGUAACAUGUUUUAGACGUUCGGUUGUGCCCUCCUUUUUAUAAUAAGUUGCACAAAGUUUCAUACAAAUAGCUCAAAGUGUAUUUUAUUUUCACCAUACUGUGUCUGAUUCUCAGAGAUAUGAAGAGUUAAUGUUCCGAAGAAUACUUGUCUCACUUCUUGUUGUGAGCUCUUCAGUGUUGUUUCCACUGUUGCCUCUCAGGCUGCACCUAUUCUUCUUAAUUUAUAACCAGACUUGAAAUAUUUACCUCGUCCAAACCAAUCUCAAGCUUUUCUGUGAACCAAAAAAGAAAAACAAAUUGCAGUGAACAUUGCUGACAGUUUUGUAAUAAAAAAUAUAACUCUUAA